AUGGCGAUGCGUUCAGAGACGUGGGUGGUAGUAGGUGCCUCCAGAGGCAUCGGCUUAGAAUUCAUGAAGCAGCUUCUGGAAGGCGGACAGAAAGUUAUAGCAGGAGUGCGGAAUCCGCCGGCAGCCCAAGAACUUCUGGAGCUGUGUCGGUCGAGUCCAGAUCGCUGUGUGGUUGAGCAGUGCGAUGUCACAAGCGAAGAAAGCAUUAACCACUUUGUCAGCAAGGUUCAAGCAGCUAGUAAAACUGGGAUGAGUCCAAAACACAUUAUACUCAAUGCUGGUGUGCUCAAAUCAUAUGCGGACUUUGCUCUUCACUUGCACACCAACACAAUAGGGCCCGUGAUUUGUGCUCGAAAAUUGAUUGAUCUAGAUCUUGAAAGUCCACCUACCAAGGUUGUGUUUAUUUCGUCCGAUUCUGGGUCUGCUACGCUCUUUCGAAACUAUGAAGAUGGCUUUGCAGCAUACGCGGCGAGCAAAGCAGCCCUCAAUCAGAUGAUCAGACAUAUGGCAGCCGAGCUGGCGCGAUGCAAGGGAAAGCGGAACAAGAUAUGCAUUCUUGCUAUGCAUCCUGGUGAAGUCGAGACUGAUAUGGCCAAUAUCGAACUUGAUUGGGAGGUAGAAGGGAUGAUUCAGGCAGAUGAAAGUGUGAGGGACAUGCUCAAAGUCAUUGGGGAGAAAAACGAGAAUGACAGUGGCACAUUCUGGUGCUGGAAUGGCAAGACCCACCCGUGGUAAUUGUAGUUGAAGAUGUCUUUUGCUCUCUCUAGUCCUCCG